UAUCCCAACCUUCAAAGACCUCUCCUUCUACUCAUCAGAGGACCCAAAGACAAAAACCAGAUAUGACAACCUCAUCUCUCAAUUCAAUUCCAACUAUGCAACUACACCCCAAUUCAUUGCCCGUUCUCCAGGUCGUGUCAACUUGAUUGGUGAUCAUAUCGACUAUUGUUACUUCUCUGUACUGCCAAUGGCUUUAGAUGCUGAUGUUAUAGUUGCGGUAUCUACAAAUAAUACCAAUACAAUCACUCUAUCAAAUACAAACAAACAAUUCCAACAAGAAACUUUUCAAUUACCUUCUGAUGGUUCAGUUAUUGAGAUUGAUCAAUCAAACUUCUCUUGGGUCAAUUACUUCAAAUGUGGGUUAAUAGUGGCCCAUAAAUUCAUCUUGGAAAACCAUCCAUCUUUACUCAAAUCCAAUCUCAAAGGUUUAAACCUUUUAUUUGAUGGUAAUGUCCCAACUGGUGGUGGCUUAUCAUCUUCUGCCGCUUUUUGUGUUGCUUCAACUUUAGCCGUUCUAAAAGCAAAUGGUGUUGAUUCAAUUUCAAAACAUGACCUAACCAAAAUAACCGUGGUUUCUGAACAUUAUGUUGGUGUAAACACUGGUGGUAUGGAUCAAUGUGCCUCAAUCUAUGGUGAACAAAAUAAAGCCUUAUUAAUCCAAUUCAAACCGGAAUUAAUUGGAAUCCCUUUCCAAUUACCAAUCUUGAAACCCUAUGAUAUGGUUUUCCUCAUUACAAAUAGUUUGGUUUCCGCAAAUAAACAUGAAACUGCUCCAAUUAACUAUAAUCUAAGAGCUGUGGAAGCCGCUGUUAGUGCUGAAUUCUUGGCUAAAAAAUUCAAUUUAUCACUAGUUCAAGAUUCAAAUUUAUCAACUGGUUCUCUAAGAGGGUUUAUGGAUGAUUAUUUUGAAAAAAUUGAAAACAAACCUCAUUGGGAUGGUCAAGAUAUUUACUUGGGUAUUGAAAGAUUAUCAAAAUUAAUGAAAUUAAUUGAAAUUGAAUUCAAUAAUGAUGAAAAAUUAGGAUUCACCACUGAAAUGGCUGCAAACUCGUUGAAUUUAUCAAUUGAUCAAUUCCAUUCAAAAUUUUUGAAUAAAUUCCCAGUGGAAUAUUCAAAAUUAAAACUUUAUCAAAGAACAAAACAUAUCUUUGGUGAUGCUCUUAGAGUUUUACAAGUUUUAAAAUUAUUUAAAGAAUCAAAUGAUACUAUUCAAAAUCAUCAAGAUUCAAUUGAAUUUUGUAAAUCAUUUGGGAACUUGUUAAAUCAAUCUCAAUUAUCAAAUAAAAAUCUGAUUGAAAAUUCAAAACCAAAAUGUGAUGAAUUAUGCCAAAUUGCCUUGGAAAAUGGUUCUUAUGGUUCAAGAGUUACAGGUGCUGGAUUUGGUGGUUCUUGUGUCCACUUAACAACUUUUGAUAAGUUACCAAAGUUGAUUAAAGCUAUUGAAAUUGAGUAUUAUCAAAAAAAUUUCCCAAAUUUAUCAAAAGAUGAAUUGAAACAAGUUAUCUUGGUUUCAAAACCCGCAACUGGUAGUUGUAUUGUGGAGUUGUAAAUAAAGUAAACCAAUUGAGUGACAAUUAGUCUAUAGACCAAUGAAAUGAUUAUUUUCCUGAUUAUAAUAUAAUUGUGGAACUAGAUUCUUUUGUAGUUGACAUUCAUUAAAUCAUA